GAUGCAGGUUCAGGUUCUGCUGUGUGUUCAGAAUUAGAAAAAACUCAAAGUUACCAAGUGGCACGUUUCCACGUUAUGACUGAGGUACAAAACCACAUCAUUUGCAUAGACAGCCUGAUCUUCUCCCCCUGAAACAAGCAUAUAAAAAGGGAUGUUUUCAGAGCUUUUGGCACUUCUCUUCAGCAGUUCACCCAGUCUGUGACCCCAUCAUGUUCCUCUUCUGCAACCUGGCUGUACUGAUGCUUCUACUGACUUUCGAAAGUCCAGUUCAUGCAGGGACAAUCAUUGGAGGCCAUGAGGUCGAUCCACAGAAACGGUCGUAUAUGGUGUUUUUGCGGAUGAUGACUGCUGAUAAUAAAUUGGAACGCUGCGGUGGAUUCCUUAUUAGGGAAGACUUUGUGAUGACUGCAGCUCACUGCAAGGCCAAGAAUCAUGAGUCUUAUGAAGUUUUUUAUGGGUUUGACGAACACAGUAAAAACCAUAAAAAAGUGUCUGUGAAGAAAGAGUUUCCACAUGAAUCCUACAAUAACACUGUAUUCACACAUGACAUAAUGCUGCUGAAGUUGUCCCAUAACGUAAGCUCGACCCACCAUAUCAAACACAUUGAACUGGCACAGGAGGAAAGUAGCUCACUGCCAAGUCCGUGCUCAGUCUGCGGUUGGGAACUGGAAUCAAAUGCAGACAUGCCUUCAAAGCUGAUGGGAGUCAGUGUCACACUUGUUGAAAAUGAGGAUUGUGUCAAACAACGUGCUUACUGCUCUAGAGGAAGAACAGGAACAAGCGGGGGAGACUCCGGAGGUCCAUUGAUCUGCAACGGACUGGCGUAUGGAGUGGUGUCAGCAAGCAGAUCAGUCAAUGGUUCCACUGAGUACAAGUACACAAACAUACCGGACACCAUUGGCUGGAUCAAUAACAUCCUGAAGGAAAACUGAAACGGCAUCUAAAAUAUCACCUUCAUCAAACCAUUUGACAAUUAAACACAUUUUUACUGCAUAAGUAAAAACCUGAUGAUUUGUUUUAUUUGGUUAAGUUUGUUGGUGUUAUAGUUCUGUAUUUUAUACUGAGAUUGGCUGCUUUUUAAGUGCAUGCUCUGAUCAUUAUAGUAAAUGCUGAAUGAAUAGUUAAUAGUGUAUGUUUGAGAGAAAUGUUGGCGUAACAUUAAGUAAUUUAGAUUUUUGCUACCAAUACAAGCCUUAAGCAAAAUAUUGCUUUGUUCGUGGUAUUUAGAUAGAAGCUUGAGCUUUUAUAGAUUGAUGUGCUUAAUUUCAAAAGUAAAGCAAAGUGCUGGUUUCUCAC